AUGAGUCUCCCUUUAUAUACCUGGCAAAAGAAGCUCUCCUCCGUCAACGUCGCUCACUUCCCCUGGGACCCGGCCCCAGUGCCGACUACCCAGACUAACAUCCACCCUCCUGCUACUGUGCCCUCCAACGCCCCCCGCCCACCACCUCAGCAACAACAAUACAACCCUCCCAUCUCAAUCCCUCAACAUGCUCCCGUGCAAAUGCAAGCUCCCAUGUCCAUGGGCGCACCCCGUAUCAAGACCGAACCCGGUACCAACGGUCAACCCCAAAUGCCUCAGAUGCCACCUCAGAUGCCACCCCAGAUGCCCCCGCACGGCAUGAACCCCCAGUCAGCUCGCGACCGUGCCGCGAAUGCUCUUCAGCAAAGAUACGGCGCUGCCGCGGCGUCUUCUGUCAGCCAAAUGCAAGCUCAGGCCCAAGUUGGACAAGGAUAUCCCCAGAUGCAUCCAAAUGCCCAUGGGCAGAUGCCACACAUCAAGCAAGAACACGGAUACCCUCCCAUGGGAGGGCAGACCGAUGGUGGAGAUGAUCCUUUGACCGACUGGAAAGCCGAGGUUGCACGUCGCAGAGCCGCCGCGGAGAGUGGAGAAGGUGACCGCAUGCUGCGCGAGUACCUCAAGCAACGUAUGAGCCAGUACGAGGCCGGAGGUGUCAUGCGUCCUCUGGAUGAACACGAGCCAUCUGCUAAGGUUGCCCGACGCGCAGCUCUCACUUCUUCACUCGGUCAAGAUAAUGGGGUAUCCUCGACUCCUCGGAUUCCUGGUCAAGUCGAUGGUGCAGACGGUGAAGUCAAGGAAGAAGAUGAGGAUGCCAUCAAUUCUGACCUUGACGAUCCUGAUGACCUUGUGGCUGAUGACCAGGACGCCGACGAGUCAGAAGGUCAAGUCAUGCUUUGCACAUAUGACAAGGUUCAACGUGUCAAGAACAAGUGGAAGUGCACCCUGAAGGACGGCAUUUUGACCAGUGGUGGAAAAGAAUACGUCUUCCACAAGGGUCAAGGCGAGUUCGAAUGGUAA